AACUGUGUGUGUGUGUGUGUGUGUGUGUGUGUGGUUUCCGCUGCAGUGGAAGUGAGAGUUGUACAAGAAUGGAAACACAAUAUCAUCUCACAACGCUCUGAUUGCACGGGAGGAAGCGUCUUGUGUAAUUUGCUGUUAGUAGUGAAACCCCCGGGACGAUAACUGAUCUGAGUUUAUCUUCAGAGUGUGAGUGUGUGUUAGAGCAGACACACGGAGGAAGUGGAGGCUCCAGAGACAGAUUCAUAUGGGCUUUGAUCUUUCCUAGAGAUGCCGGGAAUCGGAGCUCCGCCCUCGUCGGAGCGAGCCUCCUCCAGCAUGUACAAACUGGAGAUCGAUCUGAAGAGAGGGAACAACCUGGCCGUCAGAGACCGGGGAGGCAGCAGCGACCCGUAUGUGAAGUUCAAGCUCUCUGGGAAGGAGGUGUUUCGAAGCAAAACCAUCCACAAGAACCUGAACCCGGUGUGGGACGAGAAGACCACGAUAAUCCUGGACUGCCUGAGCGACCCUCUGUAUGUCAAGGUGUUCGACUACGACUUCGGACUCCAGGACGACUUCAUGGGUUCUGCUUAUCUUUACAUGGAGUCUCUGGAGCAGCAGAGGUGUAUUCCUGUGACGCUGGUUCUGAAGGACCCUCAGUACCCGGACCAGGAUCUGGGUUCUCUGGACCUGUCCGUCACCCUGACCCCCAAAGACAGUCCUGUGGAGGAGAGGAGGGACUCCACUUCCACCACCAUGCUGCUCAGGAGAUCCUGGAAGAGAUCUAAUAAGCAACAGUCCCUGCGUCUCUCCGAGCUUCACAGGAAGUCUCAGUUGUGGCGAGGGAUCGUCAGCAUCGCUCUGAUCGAGGGUCGCAGUCUGAUCCCCAUGGACCCCAACGGGCUGUCGGACCCCUACGUCAAGUUCAGACUCGGACACCAGAAGUACCGGAGCAAGACAGUGCCUAAGACUCUGAGUCCUCAGUGGAGGGAGCAGUUCGACCUCCACCUGUUUGAGGAGACAGGAGGACUUUUAGAGAUCACGGUGUGGGACCGAGACACCGGGAGGAGGGACGACUUCAUCGGACGCUGUCAGCUGGACCUCUCCACUCUGUCUAAGGAGCACACUCACCACCUGGACCUCCCUCUGGAGGAGUCCCGGGGCUUCGUGGUGCUCCUGGUCACGCUGACGGCCUCCUCUCACGUCUCCAUCGCCGACCUCUCCGUGACCCCUCUGGACGACCCGCAGGAGAGGAGGGAGAUCCUCAAACGCUACGGGGCGCUGAAGUCCUUCUCUAACUUCAGAGACGUGGGCAUCGUUCAGGUGAAGGUGAUGAGAGCCGAGGGACUCAUGGCUGCCGACGUCACGGGUAAGAGCGACCCGUUCUGUGUGCUGGAGCUGAACAACGACCGGCUGCAGACUCACACCGUCUACAAGAACCUGAACCCAGAGUGGAACAAAGUCUUCACCUUUAACGUUAAAGACAUCCACUCGGUGAUGGAGGUGACGGUGUUCGAUGAAGACCGAGACCGGAGCGCCGACUUCCUGGGAAAGAUAUCCAUCCCUUUAUUAUCUAUCUGCAACGGUGAGCAGAAGAGCUACGUGUUAAAAAACAAAGAGUUAACGGCUCCGACUAAAGGAGUCAUUCACCUGGAGAUAGACGUCAUCUACAACACCGUGAAAGCAGCGAUUAAGACGAUCGUCCCUGCAGAGCAGAAAUACAUCGAGGAAGAGCCAAAAGUCUCCAAACAGUUACUGCAGCAGAACUUCAACCGGGUGAAGAGGUGCAUCAUGGUCCUCAUCAGCUAUGGCACGUACAUCAACAGCUGCUUCGAGUGGGAGUCUGCACAGAGGAGCAUCAUCUCCUUCGUGAUGUUUGUGCUGGUGGUGUGGAACUUCGAGCUCUACAUGCUGCCGCUCGCUCUGCUGCUGCUGCUCGUCUGGAACUAUCUGUUCAGCCGAGACACGCCCGACACGGAAAUAGCUUUUGGUCCUGCUGCAUGCAAAAUUAAGACGAUGGAGGCCAUGUUUGACUGGGAGGAUGUAGAGGAGGAUAAAGAGGAUAAGGAGUCCGAGCACAAAGGCUUCAUGAACAAACUGUACGCCAUCCAGGACGUUUUCUUCAGCGUUCAGAACGCUUUGGACGAGGUGGCGUCGAACGGAGAGAGGAUCAAGAACACGGUGAACUGGACGGUCCCCUUCCUCAGCUGGCUGGCGAUCGCUGCUCUGCUUUCUGCCGUCGUCCUCCUCUACCUCGUCCCUCUGCGCUACCUGGUGCUGAUCUGGGGCGUGAAUAAGUUCACAAAGAAGCUGCGCGACCCGUACAUGAUCGACAACAACGAGCUGCUCGACUUCCUGUCCAGAGUGCCCUCCGACGUGCAGGUGAUGCACUACCGCGAGCUGAGGGUGGAUCCGGGUCAGAGUCCCAGCAAACGCAGAAGACCGAUUCAAAGUUAGCGUCUCUUCCUGUAAACAUGUAAAAUAAUUUACUUUAAAGGGGAGCUAUCAUGCAAAAUGCACUUUGUGAUGUCUUUUAUACAUAACUAUGUGUCCCCGGUGCGUCAGGGAACUCACGCAGCGUCAGGAAAUAAAACCCUCUCUCUUUUCCUCCGUACCCAAAUCUUUUAAAAGCAAUGGUACAACGAGCGGAUACAGAUUUGCUGCCGAUCUGACAUCGGCAACUGACCCACAGAGAGUUGCUAUCAGAAACAAUGCUUGACCUGUUUUGGACGUAAUCUCGUCUUUGUUUACAUUAGCAAGCCUCGCUAACACUCAGAGCUAACCUGUACUGGAGAGCACGUGUUUAAAAAGCAGGAAAUAUAAAAAGGAACUCACCUUGUGAUAAACCCGCAAGAGAAAAAGCAUUUGAGCUCCAUACUGUUUCAGAGAUAAUCCUUGAUGUGGUUUAGAACAGGAUGGCGUUUUAUCACAGCAGAAUUUAACUUUAUCUCUAGAAUUCUGAUCAGGCAUUAGCUCCGCCUCAUCUUUUUUUUUUAAGCUAAGGACCCAAAAUCCGCGUUUCUCUAACAGGGCUGCAACAGAGGGGUUUGAGCAGCAUGAGGCAUGGCUACAGUGGGGGAAGGGUUUGGGAUUUGAAGCUAAAAACUUCACAGACAUGUUUUGUAUGGCCCUACAAUAUAUGUUUCCAAUUCAGCAUGAUAGGUCCACUUUAUGUAUAUUUCUUGUAUAUUUUCAUUAAUAUGAGGAAGUUAUACAAUUUCUUUCAUUUUUUAUUAUUAUUUGGAAAAACUUAUUUUGUAAAUCUUGUAAAGAGUAUUUUCUUCCUGUAAAAACACAGUGUGCGAAAUGUACAUGUGUGUGAUGAGUGUGUAUGUUACACAGAGUAUGCAUGUACUGAAUGAAGGCGUGCCGCUGCUGCAUGAAGGUUUUAUUCAUUGUUUACUGCUGUUUUUAACUCUGUGUCCGUAGAGAUGCAUGAACUCACUGUGACUCCAUGUACUGCAGUAUUUAUACACACUCAGUCAGUAUGUCAGAUCCUCCGAAGGUUGAAAAUGAAAACGGUUUUUUUAACAGUAUCUGCUCUGUAACAUAAAAAAGAUAAUACUUAGAGCAGCGGUUCCCAACCUGUGGGCCGCGGCCCCUUAGUGGUUCGUGAAGGCAUUGCAAGUGGGCCGCCAAAUUAUUAUUUUUAUUUUUUUGUUGUACAGGCUAAAGACACAAACAUGGACAUAACAAUAACAUAUAGGAGAUGACAUUCCCAUCUCAGACAACAACAAAACAAAAACAGAAGAAAUAAAGAUACAGUCAGAAGGAUCACUUCAACAUUUCACAAACAAAAAUAGGUUGACGACCAAAAACCACCAAAAACACAACAUGGCAUAUUUAUUGUUCCUUUGAUCCCACUCUUCGUUAGAGCUCAUUAUUUCCCAUUUCAUGCCGUGUUCAGCCUUUGAGUUUUUGUGACAAUAUUUUUUUCCAAAAGAAAAACCUUAAAUUAAGAUCACUCCUUGAUUGACUUUUAAAAAGAUGUAUUUCAGCCAGAAGAAUAGUUGUGUUUAUGAACUGUGUGCGGUCUUCAUCUAAAAGCCCAAAAUGUAAAUUCAAUAUUUGCCGCCAAAUAAUUUGCAAAACAUGAUUUGUGUGGAAACAUUUCAUUAUUAAGAUUUUUGUUUUUUAAAUUUAUUUUCCUUUCUCUUUCUUGAUCCUCCAUUACAGUCCUUAGCAACAGUCAUUACAGUCCUUAGCAACGGCAUUACAGUCCUUAGCAACGUCAUUACAGUCCUUAGCAACGGUCAUUACAGUCCUUGACAGCGGUCUGUUCUACUGGAUUAGCAACGUGUCAGAACUUCAUUUAGCCUCGGUAUUGUUUAUGGUUGAAUGUGGGCCGCGAAAACAUUUUUGAUUCUUAAGUGGGCCCUGAGUAGAAAAAGGUUGGAACUGCUGACUUAGAGGAUUUUAGUGGCAACUUGUUCAAUAAUAUAUAUAUAUAUUUUGUAUUAUUGUUUUGCAGGCUUAAGGGACAUUCUUUCAUUUUUGCACGCAUGGAGUUUAGAUCAUUAAUGGAUAAAAUCAUUUAAAAAGAAAAUUAGUCUUAACCAAAUACAAUCUUUUACGUCAAUGCACGAGCAAUACAAUUAAUGUUAUUAUUGUAACUGUAACAAUGAGCAAUAAUAUACAUUUAGUUUGUAUAAAAGCUCCACCAAAAAGGUUUACUUAUUUUAACACUUCAACUUCAUUUAUUUUAUAUUAAAUAAAAACAAUUAUCGUAUUAUUUUGCAGGUUAAAGAGGCAUUUCACCAUAUAGAUGGGAGUAACACGUGUCACUUCGAAGCCGUACUUUUUGCCCGGAAGUGGCGCAUGUGUUACUCUCAUGUAUAGACAAUUGCUUAAUUAAUUGAAUACGUAAUAAAAAUAUUAAUCUAACGACAUUUAAAAAAUAACUUCCAUAUUUAUUUUUGUAUUUAACUUAACGCAGGAUUUUUUACUUUUAAUUAAAAACAAAUCUGAAGUCUUCCUCCACCGUGUUUUUUAAACGAGACGUGGUUUUACUUAUUUGAACUAGUAUUAUUUUAUAAAUUAAUGAAAGUAUUGCGUUCAUUAAAUGUCUAAGAAGCCAUAUCUGUGUUUAAAAUAAGAGCAUGUAUAAAGAGAAAAAUGUAUAAAACUUGUAUAUUAUCUAUUUUUAUUUCAUUGUUUUAUUUAGGUAUUUUUAAUCCUUAUAUCCAGAUUAUUAUUUUUUUAAAUAACUCAUCUUUACGUCCAUUUAUUUUCAUUUUUUAACGUCGAAUUUAUGCAUUUUGACGUAUUCUCCCCUCUCAAAAUGUAUUUUAUUUCCCUUUUAUUUGCUGCUUUGUUCCUCCGGGUGUUGUGUCGUCCUCUCUGCAGUACUUCAGGUUUUCGAGUGUGAUUUCCUGCAUGUCUGUGUGUAAAUGUGUCAUUUUGUACGUGUCAAAGUGUGUCUGCAUGACUGAAAUAUAAGUGCAUUAAUGGAUACUGAAUGUAUUUAAGAUGUGACGUCAGAUCCACCUGAGCUGCAGGUAAAGAAUCACAUCUUCUGUCAGUUUGCACAUGAAUCUGUGUCCUGUUGCAUUGUGGGUAUUUGCUGCUGAGAUUACAGGCCGGCUGUAAUGACUGUGUAGUUUGUCUGAGAAAAUAUAUUUCUACACAGAU